GCUUUUUUAUUGAUCUUGCCCAGUCUGUUUUCUCAAAAAGUAACAUUUUAGGAUGAUGUAUAGACGCCUUUCUCAGGAUCAUCUAAAUUUAUAUGUAUUCCUGUGAUUAAAAAAUCAUUCAGUUAAAUAUCAGUAUUAUUGUUUUUCUUGAAGGAUAUAGAAGAUGGAAUUUGAUGUAUUUGAGAAGCUAAGUGAACUCGAGACGGAGAUCCAUAUCUUGAAAAAGGAACUGGAGGAAAAAGAUGCAUUUAUACAAAACUUGAUGGAUAAAAAUACAGAUUUGGAACGUCGUCUGCUAUCAGGUGGUCUUCAAAAUAGCAUAAAUGAAGACACCGUCAAAGCAACUGUUCCUGAUGGUCUUAGUACAUCGGAGCCAAAAGCAUAUGGCACUACCAUAGCUAGUAUGCUCAAAGAGACAUCUGACGCAGUUGUACGCAGUACGGGGUAUACAUUUGAUGAGCGUACUGGUUUGUAUUAUGAUCACAAAAGCGGUUACUAUUAUGAUCCAGAAAAUCAGUUAUUCUAUGAACCUAAGUCUGGAGCGUAUUAUAAAUAUAACUCUGAAACUGGUGAAUACACUAAUUAUACAGCGUCAGACGACGAUUCUAUGAAUACCAAAUUUAAAGAAUUCUCGCACCCAGUAUAUGCCCAUUUAUUAAAGAAAGUACAAGAACAACAUCGUAGGGAAAAGAAAAAGGAUGAUUGUGGCUGCCACUCGAGAACGAUGUCAAGACACAGUCGGUCGACAAGCAGUGAGGUUGGACAUCGUAGACGAAGACAGAGCCGUAGCUACUCCGGUUCACGAUUUGGUCGUUCCUAUGACAAACAUAGACAUGAAAGUCCAUGUCAUUACGAUAGAUCAGUUCAUGGGCAUUCAAGAUCCAGACGGAAGUCACACAAACAUUCUCAUCGUUCUGGCAGUUCAUGUAGUGGUGAAAGUUAUUACCUACGCAAGAAGCAUAGAAAAAGAAAGCAUUCGCAUAGACAUAGAUAUCGAUCAUCUUCUACUACUGGUUCUGUCUGUUCGUAUAAAAGUCGAAGUUCCGUGCGAAGAAGGAAACACAAGUGUAAAAAGAAGAAUAAAAGUAGAACCUGUAGUAGCCACACAAGUUGCAGACAUACUCUUCACGAAUGCAAAGAACAUUCAAUAUCUCCAAAAGAAAUGGUUACUUCAUUCAGUGGAAAUCCUGUAGUUUAUCCACCUUGUGUACGUCUCAUGGUACUUGCAUCACAGUCAGUUCAAUCGGGACAGUUAUACAUCAUCACAAGCCAAGAAGCAAAAAGCGGUUGGGGUUGCAUUGGCCGAUCUUCAGCACUAUGCCCAAUAGCGAAUUUUCCAAAUGACCAUGAAAUAAGUGAGAUACACUGUGAAGUCACGUAUGAUGCUGAUUCAUGCCGAUAUACUUUAGUAAAUAGAUGUCCGAAUUGUGGAACUUCGAUAAAUGGAGUAACAUUGGAAAAGAAUAAAUCAGCAAUAUUGUGUCAUGGUGAUGUUGUAAGACUGGGAUCAACUCGUCUAUUAGUUCACAUACACAAUGGUAAUGAAACAUGUGGACAGUGUGAUCCAGAAGAAAUUAAAGCUGCCUUAGCUGCAAUAGUUGAUGUGAAUGAAACAAGAGAAUGUGAAAAUCCAAAUGAUAGUCAAAGUGAACAUAAUGAAUCUGCAACUUUAUCAACGCAUUCAAUAAAAGAUAUAGAAAGACGAGUGAAAUUGGAUGAAAUUAAAAAGAAAUAUGGAUUAAAGUUUCCACGCAUGAGAACACAAGUUAAAGUUGAUAAUAAACAAUACAUUGAUCGUGCCGCGCAACGUCGAGCUAUUGAAGCAAACUUGAAGGCAGCUGGUUAUCCUUUACCUCCUCCACCUGGUGUAAUACGACAACAACAUGUAGUCAAUAAGUGUCCAUUGAUCGCUCGACCAACACCAGCCAGUGUUUAUAAACCUAUUGGAGAUGAAAAUAAGGGUGCUCAAAUGUUGACUAAAAUGGGUUGGACACCUGGUCAAGGAUUAGGCAAGAGUAAAAUUGGAAUUGCAGAACCGAUAACUGUUAAUCUCCGAGUGAAUCCACAAGCUGGACUUGGUUCAAGUCAUAGUAAGGCAAAUGUUGUGCCUAUUGAUUCGACACCAAAAGAAUUAUCACAAGCGUAUAUACGUGCAAAAACCAAAGAACGUUUCGACAGUAUACCAUAA